GCCACAGUUUACCGGUUGCCUUCUGACCGACAGAUCGAACACGCCAAUCGAGCGCAGUGCACUCAAUCAAGUGAACACACACACACGCAUCCCCGAAUCGCCAGGAAGUGGCAGGAUAUCAAAUCAGCGCAGCAGUGUCGAGUGUUUGUGCGAAGCAUUCAAAAAAAAAAUAAUACAAAAAAGGAAAUACCCAUCACGAGCCAUGUUCAAGUUCGUGUGCCUUUUUGCGCUGAUUGCCUCCACGGCGGCGGCUACCUCGGAAGCGGACAGCUUGCUGACCAGCGCUUUGAAGAUGGUCAAGGACUGUGGCGAACGGUCCAUGGUCUUGUGCAUGAAGGAGCGAGCCCUGCACUACUUCGAUGCCGAGAACGGGGAUGUGCGGCUCACCGAGGGCAUUGCCCUGGUCAAGACCGAUGAGAUCCCGGUGGGUCGAUCCCUCAACGAGAUGCAACUGCCCGAGGAGGUUGAGGCCCGGGAGGCCGAGGUGGACUCCCUGCUGGUGGAGCGCGUUGCCCGCUUCUUCGGCACCCACACGCUGCAGUUCAAGGUGCCCAAAGACUCCAUCCAGGACAUGCAGCGCGCCCUCGAGGAAUCUCGCGGCAAGAAGAAGGAGAAGAAGAAGUACCUGAUGCCCCUGCUAAUGCUCUUCAAGCUGAAGAUGGCCGCCCUGCUGCCCCUGGCCAUUGGCUUCCUGGCCCUGAUCUCCUUCAAGGCCCUGGUCAUCGGCAAGAUCGCCCUGCUGCUCUCCGGCAUCAUUGGGCUGAAGAAACUGCUCGAGUCGAAGAAGGAGAACUACGAGGUCGUUGCGCACCCGCACUACGAGCACGAGCACAGCUACGGCCGCUCGCUGCCAUCUGAUGACUCCCAGGCCCAGCAGCUGGCCUAUGCGGCGUAUAAGCAAUAAGCUGCAUGCCAAAUAUUCUGAAUGCUGAAUGCUGAGGCAACCGUAAUCAGUGCAAUACUCGGAGGGCCGUCUAAUUUAUCUAUUUAUUUAAUUUAUUUGUAUAGCAUAGUUCAUGCCAGGCUUACACACUUAAGGCGCCAUCAAGAGAAAUAGAAGGAAAGGUAAAUCCCGAACCCACACAAAUAGGUCUAAGGAAUCAGCAGCUAGGGACUGCCGCCAGAGGGGAACACCUGGCGUCGUUUAAUCUAUUCUUAAAAAUGACUGCCACUGUCGUAUUAAUACUCAGAGCUUUAUUAUUUAAAACUCUACGCUUAACUUAACUUAACUCAACUGAACUCUUAACCAAACUAUUAAACUAAACUGCCUAACUCUGAACUGCCGCUAGGCGCAGAAAAAGCCCCCCUGGCCAAGCCCUCCCCCACACAAAACAAUAAAAGAAAUGCCGCAUUUAUUCCG